GCUGUCGCCACCAAACGACCAAUACCUACUGAUAUCAGAAACUCUGUACGCACUGAGGAAAAUUGACGCUAGUCUGUAAGGAUCGCUACAAAUUCCCGCAGGACAACGCCAUUUUAUUUCUACCUGACGAUUACCGGCAAUACAAUGGCCACAGAAAAACUAAAGGAAUUUCGUACGACAGUGGAUGAUGAAGAAAUGUUACGAGCGUAUAAUGCAAAUUUUGAAGCUCAUAAAGUUGGUAUCACUACGCAGCAAUCAGCUGAGUAUUACACAAAAUGGGCAAGAACCGGAGCCUAUGACCAGGAUAUAUUACAAGGUAAAAUCUACACUGGACCCAAAGUAGCUGCUUCUGUCUUGGCUCAACAUUUUCCCUCAAACAGAGAUACUGUCAGUAUAUUGGAUAUAGCUGCAGGAACUGGCUAUGUUGCAGAAGAGUUAUUAAAACAUGGAUUUAAGGUUAUAGAUGCGCUGGACCCAUCAGAAGGGAUGCUGGAAGUCGCUAGAUCUAAAGGCCUGUAUAGAAAAUAUAUUUGUGAAUUUUUUACUGAAGGCACACCAGGACUACAGGAAGAUGAAUAUGACUGCUGUGUUGUAUCUGGUGGAAUGGGUGAAGGUCAUAUACCUUGCUCAGGUCUCCGUGAAAUGAUUCGAGUUAUUAAACCAGGUGGACUAGUCUGUAUAGCGAUGAGAGAAGAAUAUUUAUCAUAUGUAGAGGAUUAUAAAAAUAAAUUAGAACCGCUGAUGUCCCAACUGGAAAAUGAAGGAAAAUGGCGGCGAUUGUCACGAGAAGUCAUUCCGAAUUAUUCGUUCAAUAAAAACGGAAUUGUAUUCAAAUAUGAAAAGUGUAAACAUUAAAUAAAUGUAAUUUUAUUAUUGUUA